CAACAAUGGCCGAACACUUGUCCUUGAGCCUCCGAGAUGACGAUCCGUGGUACAUUUCGCAAAAUGCAUAUAACAUAAUCAGUGCCUUCAUUCAAGCUAAAGACCAGCCCGAUCCUCUUGAGGCUGCGAAAGAAUUGGGUGCUCUGGCACCCGCCAACAGGGUCCUCCAAGAGGCUGAAGAGGCGGAGUCUUACGUAAGCUUCCUGUUGGAGUUUUGGGAGCUCUUCCUGAGGAUCGCACGCCAAGUCCCGCAUGACCACCCUGCCCAGGAUCGACUCGUUCAGCUGGUAGCCGAGUUGAAAGAACUUCCCACAAGUGAUGUCGAAAGUGACCGUGUUAUCUGGACGAGCCUAGAAGGACUUGAGAACUGUGUCCAAGAAAGCUGGAUAGCUCCUUCGGACAAGGAGGACACAUUUGAACCAUUGCAGGAAUGGGUCAACCUCAACUCGAUGGUCAGUAGGCUUUACGGCGCGGGGUUGAUGGAUUGGUACUACUUUGGCAUUUGGACUCUCCGCGACUCUUUCGAGACCAACGAUGUUAGUCUAUCACGAGAAGACAUCCUCAGCAGUCGAGUCAGCGCUGCUGCAGAGUGGAUCAAGUACUCGGGCUCCCGCUUGCUCCAUUUAUGCGAAACGGGAGAGUCAAGUCUAUCGGAACACACCUCGUUGGCAAGCGCGCAGUUUUCGGGCAGCUCGGUUCUCUCGCCGCAGAGAUGGGCGUUCUGGAAGGCUGCGUUUGAAAAAGUUGCUGACAGCAAUGAGCAGGAAGAGGGAUUGCGGGCUAAGGCGAGUCGUGCUGCAUCUUCCAUGUGAGAUGGUGCUGGAGAAACCACAGUUGAGGCGAUACAAGACGACCGUCAUAUGAAUUGGCAAAGCCUACUCUCUAAUUCCAUACUGCACGGCGGGACUUUCAAGCUUGAUAUUGUGGGCAAGGCGUAGCCUUUGUGGGAGCUUUACUUGGGAUCGUUCUAGAAUGGUAAGUCCAUAGGGACGCAGCUUAUGUUAACUAGCCUUAAUAUUAUCCAGCCAAAGAGCCAGAGAGCACUCUGGACAUAAUUAACGCAUUUGUAAACAC